AUGUCGUCCGAUCUCUUCACCACCGCGGUGGCUUCCAUCCUUCUCCUCUCCUCCGCAGCUUUCUACCUGCUGCGGAAGAUCACCAACCCCGGCAACAACAACCGCCGUAAGCUCAACUUGCCGCCAUCUCCACCGUCUCUGCCACUUGUCGGAAACCUCUUCCAGAUGAGCAAGCUCCCCUACCGCUCCCUCCGCACCCUCUCCAAAACCUACGGGCCCAUCAUGAUGGUCAAACUCGGCGCCAUCCCUUACGUCAUCGUCUCCUCCCCCGACGCCGUCCAGGAGCUCACCGACAAGGACCACGACGUCAGCUUCUCGGGAAGGCCCCGGUGGAAGGCCUCGGACGCCCUCUUCGGCGGCGGCACCGACAUCAUCUUCUCCUCCUACGGCGAGUACUGGCGCCAGAUGAAGAAGAUCUGCAUGGUCGAAGUGCUCAGCCAGAAGAGGGUCAGCCAGUUCCGCUACAUCCGCGAGCAAGAGGUCGAACACCUGGUGGGCAUUCUCAAGGACGCGGCGAAGGAGAAAAUUUCGGUGGAUCUCAGCCACGUCAUCUCCACCUUCGCCAACAACGUCAUCUCCAGAGCCGCCUUCGGCAAAACGUACAAUAAUAACGGUGGCGGCGGGGACGAAGAGAACUUCGUCCCGCUGGUGUCCAGCGCGCUGGACCUUCUGGCGCGAUUCUGCUUCAAGGAUACGUUCCCUGUUUUGGGAUGGGUCGACGCGUUGACCGGGCUGGACUCCGAGAUCAGACGGGUGGCCCAGGAAGUCAACGACUUCCUGGACCGGGUCAUCGACGACCACAGAACGACGACGUCGGAUCGUGUUCGGUCAUCGUCGGAGAGGCAGGACGUGGUGGACAUCCUGCUGAGAGUUCAGAAGGAGAGAGUAGUGUUGGACUUAAAAUUCACCGACGCGAACAUCAAGGCCAUCCUCCUGGACAUGUUCGCGGGUGGGACCGACACCAUCGCGACGACGCUGCAGUGGGUGGUGUCGGAGCUGGUGAGGCAUCCUUCCGCGAUGAAGCGGGCGCAGGAGGAAGUGCGGGAGGUGGUUGCGAUGAAGUCGCGAAUCGACGAGGAGGACGUCGGUCGGAUGGAGUACUUGCAGUGUGUGGUGAAGGAGAGUAUGAGGCUGCACCCUCCUGCGCCGAUGUCGGUGAGGAAGGCGACGGAUGAUGCGGAGCUGAAAGGGUACGAUGUUCCGAAAGGGACGAUGGUGAUGAUCAACGUGUGGGCGAUCAUGAGGGAUCCCGAGAUCUGGGACAGGGCGGAGGAGUUUGUGCCGGAGAGGUUUUUGGCUGAGCCGUUGGAUUUCAAGGGUCAGACGGGGAAGUUUCUGCCGUUUGGUGUCGGGAGGCGGUUGUGCCCCGGGAUAACGAUGGGGAUUCUGGAGGUGGGGCUGGUGGCGGCCAAUUUGAUGUGUUGGUUCGAUUGGGAAUUGCCGGAAGGGGUGGAGGAGUUGGAUAUGAACGAGUGGAGCUCUGUGGUUCUUCGUAGGGAGACACCUCUUUCUCUGGUUCCGGUCCUGAACUCAUCGUUGAAUCUUUGA